CGUAAUGAGGUAAAGACCGUCAUAUCCGUUUCUGUAGUUUACAUCUGCUGAUCCAUGCGGACUGUCGUUUUGAACGAUCUGAAAAAUAUACAUCUAUGCAAGGAUAUAUCGACUGUCACUGUCAUAUUUCUGCCGAGGAUUUUGACAGUGACAUUGAAGAUGUCAUUGGAGAGUCUAAAAAGGCUGGGCUUGUUGCCCUUCUUGCUGUAGCAGAGCAUGCUGGUGAAUUUGAGAAAAUUAUACAGCUCUCACAAAGGUUCCCUGGAUUCAUUAUGCCAUGUCUUGGAGUUCAUCCUGUCCAAGAUCCAGCACAACCCAGAGGGGCCUUGCCUGAGGAUUUAGAUGCUGCCUUACCGCUGAUUGAAAAAUACAAAGAGCACAUUGUAGCUAUUGGUGAGGUUGGCCUGGAUUUCACACCACGUGUAGUUAACAGUGAUGCUGGGAAAGACGGUCAGAGACAGGUACUCAUUCGACAGGCCGAAAUCGCGAAACAGUUGAAUCUGCCUCUGAAUGUUCACUCAAGAUCUGCUGGAAGACCAACCAUCCAUCUUUUGAAGGAGCUGGGUGUAGAAAAUGCACUUCUUCAUGCAUUUGACGGAAAACCUUCGGUUGCAAUGGAGGGUGUAAAAGCUGGUUAUUUUUUCUCAAUACCUCCAUCCAUUGUAAGGAGUGAUCAGAAGCAGAAGCUGGUGAAGCAGGUUCCUCUGGAAAGCAUGUGUUUAGAGACAGACGCUCCUGCACUGGGACCUGAAAAGCAGGUGAGGAAUGUACCAAGGAACGUCAGCAUCAGUGCCGAAUAUAUCGCCAGAAUCAAAGGAAUUCCCUUGGAGAAGGUCAUAGAGGUCACUACCCAGAAUGCCCUGCAUCUUUUCCCCAAAUUAAAAACAUUUAUCAAAGCUUGACAUUAAUACUGCACCUUUCCAAAGCUGCUUAAAACUGUCCUUUAAACAAACAAAUGUGUUUUGUUGUGGAGAAAUAGUGAUCACGAAAAAAAAAAAAAAAAAAUUAUAUAUAUAU